CAUCUUGCUCUCCAAAACAACCGUUUGGUUCGAACCGCAGAGGCAACGCGACAUGCUGCCGCCGCCAAGAAUCCGUUCCAUCGCUUCCGAGUAGCCAGAGCGAGACUUUUUCGCAUCGUGAGUGAGUUGCUCUGCCCGCCAACCACCGCCGUUGCACCCGCAAAACAUCCAACGAUGUCAUCGCUGCCUCCGCCGSAACCGCGACCCACCGCGGCGCUCCUCCUCGAUCUUCCCGACCUCGAGGCGUAUCUCCUCUCGYUGCUCKCGCACGAUCUCUCCGAGGCCACCCAUUGGGCGGGGGAAUCCUGGAACCAGGUUAGGGAAGCGGUCCCCGUGCUGCUGGCGGCGUUGCCGUCCAUCGGAGCCAGGGACGCAGGGCUUGAAACAAGGAAAAGGACAAGGACAAGGAGGAGCGCCGAUUCCUCCCCCCCGGGACCGGAGGUGGCCACGGCGCUCCCCAAUCGAGGACAGCGGUCGACGUCGUCGUCGUCGUGGUCGCUGCCGCUGCCGCUGUCCUCCUUUCGCCCGCUGGUCCCGGCGCUGGUGCUUUCGGCGUGCACCGUUCUCGCCUCCGGGAGCACCGGACCCGCGUCUGCCUCGCUGGUCGGCCGGGGGCCGUCGUUGAGCGGCAGUGGUGGCUCGGGGGCCGGGAACGGCCCCAGCGGAAUCCGAAGGCGCCUCUUGGUCUACGCACUUCUGAGGGGCUUCCUCCCCGAGCUGUACCGCAUCGCGGUAGAGCACCUGGCAGGAGCGGCAGCGGCCGAGGACGCCAAAGACCSGGGUGCUUCCGACGCGGACGRCAMUGCAACAACGGGUGCGAUGCGGCGGCUGGCGGCCCGCCGCAGGCUCCUCGUYCUGCGGUGGCUGGUGCGGUUCCUGGACGGAGCGUUGCUGCCGGGGAUGCGGCUGGCGCUCCUGCUCUCGUGCUGGGGAUCGCCGGCGUCGACCAAMRGCAACGGGACCGGCCGCCACCAAACCCACGCCGGGAAUCUUUCCCUCUGGUGGUCGGGCCUGUCGUACGGCCACAACGGCGGCCUCGCGGGACAAACCCCAAACAACGACAACACCAACAGCAACGACAACACCAACAGCAACAACAACACCAUCGCCAACAACACCAAGCUGGUUCCCCUCUUUGUCUUGUACGCCCACCAGCGGUGGCUGCACAGGGUCGGCACCGAGCUGUGGAUCACCGUUUCCGGUGGCCUCUCCGCGAGCGGCACGGAUGUGAUCGAUUUGGUGCGGUACGCUCUGGCACGGGCAAGGCCGGGCCCRGCUCCAUUGGGCCGCUGGCGACGGAGAUGGGCCGCGGUGCUGCCCCGGACGAUCGUUUCCGGGGAGGGAGCGUCCUGCAGAGAAGCGGUGGAAGCAUCAUCGUCAUCGAUCGAACCGGCCGCCAAGCCGGGAGCACCCUGCUCGAUCUGCGGAGCGGCGGCCCCUGUGGUUCCCUACCGCGUGGUGGUGGCGGGUUGUUGGAACUGCUGUGGCAGCGAGCCCGGGGAAACGGCARAGGCAAAGGCAACACCAAAUACCGGUCACACCCACCAAGCCACGCGAGCCACCAAAGUGGCGUGCUACACCUGCCUGUGGGAGGCACUGGCCACCGCUGCCGCCGCCAGCGGGGACGGGGACGAGAACGAGAACAAUCCCGGCCACAACACUGCUGUUGUUGCUGCUGCUGCUGCUGCUGCCUCGAAAGGAGGAACCAACAGAACUCCGAGCCUCGCCCUGGAGUGGUGCCCGUUCUGCUUCCGAUCGGACGCCGAGAUUCUCGGGUGCGAACCGGUGUAGACCUCGUUUUGCCGGAAGGCACGAAUCUGGUUGCUGGAAAUUGAUUGAUUUCUAUUUCCGAGUCGGUUCGCAUCGUUUUCUUCAUUGGACACGGGCCGUGGUCUUGGGAUGGUUCGCUGGUUGGUUGGUUGGCUGGCUGGCUCGGAUGUUUGCGGGACCGGCUGCUGGUAUGGUGGUCGAGGGCGACAGAGAUGCCAAUCCAACAAAAGAAACGGGUCAAAGCACGAAUCGCACGCGCCGGUCGCCUUUCUUGUGCAAGGUCUGCAGGUAUGCCAUUUGCUUCUGUUUCUGGCAUCCUGCCGUUCUCGCAAUCGAUCGCAGCGUCCCUGCGUCCGCUCUGGCUACCCAACCGCCAUUGCAAGAUUUUUUCGCAUUGGUAUUGUAUCUCCUCGUACAACACGCCAUGAAGAGAGAACCCAACGAGUGUGUUAGUUGCUUCUGUGUUCACGAAAGGUCCAUAAAACCGCAAAAACGCAUUCCGAAUUCCGUUGCGUUUCAAAAUUGCUAAAAUAAUACUAUAGAGAAAUACAUAAUCCUAAAGUACAUUGAUUGGUUUGGUGGUGUUUGUAUAAGGUGCCAUUCACUGCUCCGUCA